AUGUACUCGGUUGAAUGGCAGAAGCGUGGUUUACCACAUGCGCACAUUCUGCUUUGGAUGUUUGACAAGGCCCGACCAGAUCAUAUUGAUUCGAUCAUUUCUGCCGAAAUACCAGAUCCAGAAACAGAUCAUGAGCUGCAUUCUGUUGUGACCACGAACAUGAUACAUGGCCCUUGCGGAACUCAUAAUCCUGGUUCACCGUGCAUGCAAAACGGAAACUGCAGUAAGCGUUUUCCGCGUCCGUUUGUGGCUGACACAAUCAGUGGAAUCGACGGAUAUCCAUUAUAUCGGCGUCGUUCUCCAGAUGACAACGGCAGAUCAAUCAUAAUGAAAGUCAAGGGAAAAGAUGUCGUCGUCGAUAAUCGCUGGAUUGUUCCAUAUUGUCCACUUUUGUCGAAAACGUUCUCAAAUCACUGCAAUGUUGAGUAUUGCAACUCCAUAAAAUCUAUCAAAUAUGUUUGCAAAUAUGUGAACAAAGGGAGUGACAUGGCUGUGUUUGGCAUUGCUGAUCCAAAUGCAAACGAUGAGGUGAUGAAAUUUCAACUUGGACGUUACGUGAGUUGUAAUGAGGCAAUUUGGCGGCUGUUUUCAUUUACAAUCCAUGAACGUCCCCCGACUGUCGUAUAUUUGGCAGUUCACUUAGAGAACGGCCAGCGUGUAUACUUUACGGAAGCGAACGCAGCGCAAAGAGCAGAACGACCACCAGCGACGACAUUGACAAAUUUUUUUUCGACAUGCAAAAGCGAUCCGUUCGCGAGGAUUUUACUAUAUUCGGAAAUGCCACGCUAUUAUACACGGAAUGCUGCAUCAAAGAAGUUUCAACGCAGGAAGAAAGGUGAUGCUGUUGCUGGCUUCGCAGAUGUCUAUUCGACUGAUUCCCUCGGACGAAUAUACACAGUUCAUCCACGCCAAGACGAAUGCUUCUAUCUUCGCUUACUUUUGGUGAACGUUAGGGGCCCGACAUGCCAAUGCUUGAAUUUGCUCGAAAACGAUUCACAUUGGGACUUAACACUCACCGAUGCAACCGUUUCUGUGCCAGCAAAUCAAAUUCGUACGUUGUUUGCGAUCAUAAUAGCCACAUGUCAUCCAUCGAACGCGAAUGCAUUGUGGGAGAAAUACAAGGACGAGAUGGUUGAUGACAUUUUGCACAGAGUUCGAACGACAAAUUUUAAUUUUGAUAUUGAAAGUAACGACGAGAUGCGGAACGAAGCAUUAGUUUUGAUCGAAGACAUGUGCGUGCUCAUGUGCGGCAGUCUAUUGUCAACUUUGGGAAUGCCAGCGCCAAAUCGUUCGAGGCACGCUGCAUUCAAUCUUGAAUUACAGCGGGAGAAAAACUAUGAUCUAGAUGAGCAGGCUGAAAGAGUCCGAAAAAAUGUGCCGCUGUUGAAUUCCGAGAAGAAGAAUGUAUACAAUUCGCUGAUGAAGGUUGUUGAUGAUGGAACUCCUGGAGGGACAGGCAAAAAGUUCGUCAUUUCGUUGAUUCUGGCAACAAUUCGGUCAAGAUCGCAAAUUGCGUUGGCUGUCGCAUCCUCUGGCAUUGCUGCCACAUUGUUGGAAGGCGGUCAAACUGCACAUUCAGCUUUGAAGCUGCCAAUGAAUCUUCUCAUGGUUGACAAGCCUACAUGCACAACGACCAAGAAUUCAGCGAAAGCGAAAUUGAUGCGAGAAUGUUAA